AUGCCCCCUUUGAAGGUGGCUAUCAUUGGUGCUGGGCCAGUUGGCUGUAUCCUCGCCCGCCUUCUCUUCAGGGGUGGCGUGGACGUUAUAGUAUUUGAAGGCGAGGCUUCUUUCAACUUUCGGGAUCAGGGUGGCACCCUCGACCUCCAUACCACAACCGGUCUGCUUGCCAUGAAGGAAGCCGACCUCUGGCAAGAAUUUCUUGAGCACGCGCGCUACGAAGGCCAGUCGAUGGUCAUUGCUGAUAAGCAUUGUAAAGCCUAUCUGAAGAGAGCGCCUUCUGGAGCGGCAGACAAGUUGGAAGAAAGGCCUGAGAUUGACCGCGUGACGCUGAGGCGGAUUCUUCUCGAGUCACUUCCUGCGGAUAUGAUUAAAUGGGGUCAUCGUCUCGCGGAAGUUGAUGACAACAAGGUUCUUCAUUUUAUGGACGGCACAACUGCUGAUGGGUUUGAUUUAAUCGUUGGAGCGGAUGGUGCGUGGAGCAAAGUUAGGGAUUUUCUCGACCCCCACCUUAAGCCUCAAUUCGCCCAAGUGGGUAUGUUUGCUUUUAAAACAGAAAACCUGAAGGAUACGAUUCCCGAUGCUUACAGAUUUGUCAACCAUGGUAGCGUCUUUUCCCACGCUGAUGGAAUUCGAACCUCGAUGCAAGAGCUCGGCGAUGGUGGGCUCUCAAUGAGCGUGGCGUUCGUUACAGACUCGGAUAAGUGGAUGGAUCCGGCUUGGACUUUAGAGGAGGCGCAGCAGGAGGCCCUCAAGAAACUAGAUGGCUGGGCUUCUGUGUACACGGAGGGUAUUGCUAAGUCGGAAUCUUUCAUGGCGCGCUCCCUCUAUCAACUACCCGUAGGCUCUAGCUGGGUGCACCGGGAAGGGGUCACGCUAGCUGGGGACUCGGCGCAUUUAAUGACACCUUUUGCUGGUGAGGGCGUUAACAUUGGGAUGGAAGAUGCCCGCAUAUUAGCCACCAGGAUUCUCGAUGUUACGAAAGGAGACAGCAAUAUGACGACUCUCAACGAGCAGGUUCAGGUCUACGAAAAACUUGUUUGCCAGGGCCAAAAUGACACAGAGACUGACAGAUGA